AUGAACAAUGCAGAAUGCGGAUUUGGUAAAAGAGAACAGGAGUUUGUCAUCCACGUGAUGACACGUCACCGCCACAUCUUUGGACGCCCCGAACGUCGCCCAGCUCCAGACCAAUCGAGCUUUGUGGACACCUUCCUGAAUGCCCCCGACAUCUUGCCGCAGCACUGCUGUGUGGUAUCCUCGGUGCCCCCUGCUGAUCCCAGCCAGCCCCGGAGUUCAGCCAUGGUGCGGCCUUUCCGGGGAGCCUCUAUCACCCACAAUGGCGCCCCGCUCCAUCGCCAGGUGGAGUUGGCUCCUGGAGACUUGCUUGGCAUGGGGCAGUACUUCCUCUUCAUGUACAAAGAUCCACGAGCUGCCACUGCUCCUCCGGCUUGGCUGCCCAAAGCCUGGAUGUCUCCAGGGCUGGUGGGGGCCUUGGCUUGCCAGGCCUGUGGCCGGUCCCUGCAGGAGCGGCAGGAGGCAUUCCGGGCCUAUCUCAAGAGCCGAGAACCUCAGCUCCGCUACCGCCCCCAGGAACAGGAAGCGCUUUUGGCUGAAAUUGUGCGGCUGCAGGAAACAUCCACUUGCAGGCUGGGACCCGCCUUCCUCUUUGGGCUCUGCCUGGAGCACGCUGCUCGGGAGCUGGAGCCAGGGCAUCUGCCCAGGUUGAUAGCCAGGAUCGCUCAGCUGGUGAAGGAAGCUGUUUGGGGCAAGAUCAAAGAAAUCAGAGAUCGACAACCAGAAAACCAGCAAGACAAAGGAGAAGCAGGAAACCUCAGCAUUGAGGAAGUGGCAGCUGACCUGCGCCCCCUCAUGCUGUGGAUGGCUAAUUUGAUGGAGCUACUCAACUUAGUGCAAAAAAGAGUCCUAGACAUUGAGAAAGAUCUGGAUUUGGAAGGAGUUUCACACAAUGCAUUGCUCUCCAGUGACCUGGAGACCUGUGAUGAAGCCAUGGCUGUCUUAGAUGAAGUCAUCAUGUCCACAUUCCAGCAAUGUGUGUACUACCUCACUAAGACUCUAUACUCAGCCCUUCCUGUCUUGCUAGACAGUAACCCCUUCACAGCCACCACUGACCUGUCGCAUGUGCCUGAGCUGAGCAGCAUGCCGGAGGGAAUCCGAGGGACCCUGGCCAUCUACCAGGCAACACUUGAACUCACCCGUGACUGUGACUUGCACCCUGACCUUGUUUCACAGACCUUUGGAUACCUCUUCUUCUUCUCCAAUGCUUCGCUCUUCAACACCAUCAUGGAAAGAGGUGGCUCCCAGUCUCUCUUCCAGUGGGCCAAGGCGGUGCAGAUCCGAACCAACCUGGACCUCGUCCUGGACUGGCUGCAAGGAGUUGGCCUGGGGGACAUCGCCACAGAAUUCUUCCGCAAGCUCAGCAACACAGCCAACCUGUUGUGCAUGCCCAAAAGCAGCUUGCUUCAGGCAUCCUGGUCCUGCCUAAGAAAUGAUUAUCCAGCGCUAACACCAGCCCAGCUCCAACAUGUGCUCAGAAAUUACCAACUGGGGCCAGGCCGUGCAUCUCCUGAAUGCUGGAACCCACCUGACAAGGAGCGAGACGAGAUGGCACAAAGUGAUAUAUUUGAGAGUUUCACCGACCAUCCACCCCUUAUUCUUCCAUGUGAUGGCUUCCACUUGCAUCUGUCAGAGCCCGUGCUAGAUGACACUCUGCAUCGCCAACUGGUGCGCUUGCGCCGUUUUCUUUGGGAGCUGGAGCGUGAAUCUCUCCCAGCCAAUCAAAGAGCAGUAUAUGGGCUGGAUCCCAGCCAAUGAAAAGAGGCACCAAUGCCAACAUUCAAGAUGGUGCCUUGACCUCGAGAAGCUCUUUUCACAACAGACUCUGUUGGGUCAGGCUGGAUAUUAGAAAACCUCGAUCCAAUUCUGGGAAAUGCAGAAUCACCUGAAAUAGCUCUUAUUUCUUUGCAAGCAGAAUGGUCUGGGAAGAUCAGCGGUUGCCCUGGUAUCCGAGGUCAGAAAGAAUAAAUUCUUUGGCUUCUGUUCCAACUUUGCAGCCAUGCCAUCGGGUGGCAGGUGCUGACUUCAAGAAACAAUCUGGAUAUGUCUUUGAAAGAGGACCCACCUCAACACUGGGUUAUUAUUUUUCGCCUCAGGUAAUACAGUUUGUAGCAAACUAUGUAUUCUUCUU